GGGACCUCGGCUUCCGUUGCGUUUCAUCCUCCUUGUUCAGCAAUUGUCCAAUACUGGACAGAGCCACGGGGUGAAUGCAAAGGCAGGAGAGAGGUUUUUUUUAGAGAUGAGGAGAACAACGCAAGCCAUUUGAAGGUUUUGGGUGACUGUACAUCCAGCGGUGUUUGUCGGAUAGCCUAAUCCUUCAUCCGGAGGAGAGAGGACGAAUGCUCGAGCUGAGCAUCAUCGUAAAAACGCCUCUUCCAGGACAACGCGCAAAAACAAGGAAUACCUUUCUAGACGUAAUUUAAACAAUCUUUAAUUAUUAUAAAACUCAAUGUUUACGCCGAAAGACUCAUUUGCGGAUGAAAUAAUCGUUACGCGUCACCUAUGUGAUCCCGCAUCCCCACGAGGCGAAUAUACAGCGCUGUGAUGCGCAUGCGUUGACUCGAUAUUUUUACUAUAGUAAAUGCAGACAUCUUCUUAUACCUUAUUAAUCCGCAUGGUUUAGUUUUGUUUUACAUAAGUCCGCUUAAAUUUUGGGGGUGUAACUUGAAUGAAACACUUCAGAGACUUCGUCUCAGAUUGGCUUUAAUAUCACAUUAUAUUAAUAUCGUAAAUUGUGCUCAAGAAUCUAUUUUAAACGCCACACAUUUGAGGUUUUUAGGUGACCGCAAGUCGUCAAAUCUCUUUCAUACGGAAAUACAGUUCACAGCGAGAGAAGGAAGAUGUCGGGUCAGACUUUGACGGAUCGCAUCGCCGCGGCGCAGUACAGCCUCACGGGCUCCGAGGUGUCGCGUGCUGUGUGUAAAGCGACCACGCACGAGGUGAUGGCACCCAAGAAGAAACAUCUAGAAUAUUUGAUCCAGGCAACCCAGGAGUCAAAUGUCAAUAUCCCUCAGAUGGCUGAUACCCUGUUUGAGAGAGCAGGAAAUGCCAGCUGGAUCGUGGUUUUCAAGGCUUUGGUCGCUACUCAUCAUCUGAUGGUCCAUGGCAAUGAGAGGUUUAUUCAGUACCUUGCCUCAAGGAACACUCUCUUCAAUCUUAGUAAUUUUUUGGACAAAACUGGUUCCCAUGGUUAUGACAUGUCAACGUUUAUCAGGCGCUACAGCAGAUAUCUGAACGAGAAGGCUUUUGCUUAUAGACAGAUGGCAUUCGACUUUGGCCGUGUGAAGAAAGGUGCUGAUGGUGUGAUGAGAACUAUGUCACCAGACAAACUUUUAAAAGGCAUGCCAACACUGCAGAGUCAGAUCGAUGCUCUGCUGGAGUUUGACGUUCAUCCAAAAGAUCUUGUCAAUGGGGUGAUCAAUGCUGCCUUCCUGUUGCUCUUCAAGGAUCUGAUCAAGCUGUAUGCGUGCUACAAUGAUGGGAUCAUUAAUCUUUUAGAGAAAUUCUUCCAGAUGAAGAAAGGACAGUGCAAAGACGCUUUGGAAAUCUAUAAACGGUUUUUGACACGAAUGACCAGAGUUUCAGAGUUCCUCAAAAUCGCUGAGCAGGUGGGAAUUGACAAAAACGAUAUUCCAGAACUUACCCAGGCACCUGAAAGCCUUCUGGAGUCUCUGGAGACACAUCUUAACACGUUGGAGGGGAAGAAAUUGUCACCGACAAAGAAAGGAUCCCCCACAAAUAAUGGAACGCCAGCUGGUACCCCUGCGAAAACAGCAGAACCCGUCACCGCAGCUGCAGCUCCUGAGACCACCACAGCAGAACCUGUAAAAGCAGCACCAGCUACAUCCACUAUAAAUAGUGGAUUUAAUGAUCUGGUGGAUUUCGAUCUUCUGGCACCAAGUGCAGGAGCUGCAGCCGCUCCCACAGCAUCAUGGGGAGAUUUGCUUGGUGAUGACACUCUUGCUGCUCCAGCCGCUAGCGCUGAUGCACCAGUAUCUGGAGCUGACUCUGCCUCCGCAGUUCCUGCGGCCUCCGUUGCCGGGGCUACCGAACCUGCAGCCGAUGCCAUCGCUGCCCAAGCCCCUGCUUCGCUGCCAGUGCCUGCGCCUGCUUCCACAAUCUCAGACAUGGACCUGUUUGGAGAUGCAUUUGCCCCCUCCCCAGGCGAUGGUCCAAACGAGGGCGUGGCCCCAGCAGCUGCUGCCGAUGCAUGUGGUGGAUCUGACCCCUGGGCACCAUCAGAGGGGAGUUCGAGUGUUGCACCAGAAUUGGACCUCUUUGCCAUGAAGCCAGCAGAGAGGGAAGUCACUGUGUCCGUAUCAUCCCCUACUAGCCCUGAGCCGAGCAUUUCACCAACAGCGGCCCCCUCUGUACCUACCACGACUACCACAUCCGCAACAUCUGCAACAGCCGAACCAGCCGUCGUUCCGACACUAGACCUCUUUAGUGAUAUGUUUGAUUCUAUGCCUGAUCAAAGCUCCUCCACAGAGCCCAAAGCAACAACUCCUAGCCUAGACCUGUUCGGUGCAGAUCUUCCUGCCGUUUCUCGAGGGCCUUCACCUUUGCCUGAGGCCAGUGUGACUGCUGACCUGUUGUCUGACUCAUUUGAUGCUCCGGCUGUUGCUCCUGUGGUUGCUGCAUCUGCGGCUCCAGCUGUUCCCGCCUCUCCUCCUAAAGCUGAGCCUGGACCUGUGCUAGACCUCCUUGACGCAUUUGGGGACACUGCCUUAGAGUCCCAGACCAUUGCACCCGGAGCACCAUCAGGUGACCUGCUUGGGGGGUUACUUUCACCAGUUGCCCCCACAGUUACCCCAGUGCCAUCUUCAGCCCCUGCUGACCUGCUGGAGUCAGAUUUUGAUGCCUUCGGCUCUGUGCCUGCAACACCAGCGGCAACAGACAGCACUACUGCCACUGCAGCGCCAUCUGGAGGCUUUGAUGCAUCAGUGUUUGACGGAUUAGGAGAUCUUCUGAUGCCAUCCGUUACACCUCAAAGCACGGGUGGGACUCCCAUGGCUACUGCCGGCACACCAGUAACACCUGGAAUUUUACCCACCGCUGGUCCCACAAUGGCACCGGCGAUGAUCCCGACAAUGGUACCUGUGCCGAUUGCCCAACCAGUCAAACCUAUUGGCGGAGACUUGGACUCUUCACUUGCCAGUUUGGUUGGAAACUUGGGAAUGGGAAGCCAAAAGAAGGAAAACCAGUGGGGAGAGAAGAAGCUAACAGGUGGAGCUAACUGGACACCUCAGGUAGCCCCCACUAGCUGGGGCACAUCCGGCACUCAGAUGCCUGGCUCUGCUACUGGAGCUUCAGGUGCUGCUGCCCCUCCUCCUGGAGCUAUGGCACCGCCCAUGGGAGCACAGCCAGGCUUUGGCAUGCCUGCAGUAGCAGGAGUGGGAGCUCCCAUGAUGCCUCAGUCUGCAAUGAUGGGACAGCCCCUGAUGAGACCACCAUUUACUAGUCCAGGAGCACCCUUGUCUCCAGGGCCUGCUGUUCAGAGCCCCAAAAAGCCACCCACCAAGGAUCCCCUUGCAGAUCUUAACAUCAAGGAUUUCUUAUAAUCCCUCAGUAUUUUCUUCUCAAAGAAUGAGCUCCCGUCCCAUGAGAGAGGACUGCUGUCUGUUUACACCCUCAGACACCUGAGGAGCCCACAGCUAAAGAUCCACUGAUCCCAUCCUCAACCGCCUCCGCCCCAUCCCAGCAUACCCGUGUCAUGUUGUAGCACAAACUGUGAAGUGAGUCGUAUAGAAAAAACAAGCCGAAAAAUGAUGAUGUGUUUUUUCGAUGUAAUCUUUUGUUUUUAUGAAACAAAAAAUGAUUUAAAAACACACAAGUUGAAAAAAUUAAAAUCAAGUAUGUCAACUAUUUUCCAAUGUUUAUUUUUGAAGUGAAUGAUGUAUGACGUAUAUGCGUGUUCCCCUUAAAUGUAGUUCUGGGAGCCAUGGGGUCAGAGGUGUAACGGACCACCUUAAAUAUGUUUGUUCGAGUGCUAUUUGUUGUAUGUUGGUUUGGGAGCAGUGUGCAAUGUAUCAUUUGCAGAAGGUACCAUGUAUAUUUACGAUACAAAGAUCUCCCCUCUUUUCUCAUUUUUAUCUGUGGCCAACUUAUUGAUGUGAACCUGGUAAUCGGAUUAUAAGAACAUGUUUGUCAUCUUCUGUUACCGAUCGAAAUCGUUGUUUACAAAUAUAAAUAUAUAUAUGAAUAUGUAUAAAGUAAUAACAUAUCCGGGCUCCUCUAGAUAAUCCUAUUGGUGAUUAUAUGUCAUUUUUGUAAUAAUAUUGUUUCAUUGUUAACUCACUGUUUGCAUCCGUUUGGUUUACCCCAUAAAAAAUAACCUCAGCAUUACCGAGUAAUCUCUGAGAAAGGCCUUUUGCAGUCUCUUAAUGAAAUAGCCGAUAUGUACAGCAACUUGUUAACCUGGUUAUCUGGAUGUUUCCUGCCGAAAACCCAAAACAUUCACGGUUGUAGUAAGUGGAAUGCUGUGUUUGAGUCUCUUAUAUAGUUACUUGUGCUUGUAUGAAUUUCAAACUGAAACUGGUACAUGUAGUGUUAUUUUGUAUAAUUGUAGAAGAACCACCCACAUGUUCGGUUCUCAGUCUUACCCUCUCAUAGCACAUCCUGAGCACUAUUCCUCAUUUGUUAUACGUAAUAUGGUCAGUGAACGCUCCCUCUGUUGGCGAGUGUGGAUAGGUACUACUUUGCACAACAGAAUGGAGUGCAGUGAAGAUAUCCAGAAUGAAAAUACUGAUGCCAUGGAUGAUGGGGUGUUUUCCUUCUGGAUAACAUCGGGCAUAGGUGCACAUGCUGUUUAGUAGCAGUGAUAGACUCUUAGAUCUUUCUUAUAGUUUUCAGAGGUUGUCACUGUUAAACAGUGUUACAGAAAGGUCUUAUUGACAUACCUGUAGAAACUUCUUCCCUCUCGAACUCAAUAUAUUGUUUGUUGUCAUGGAAAUGACAAAGGCAGAUCUUUGGAUCUCUUUUUGCAAUUCUCAAUGCAAUUAUUUUGAUUCAUACUGACACCCCUACAUAGUGCAUGUAAGCCCUUUGAGAUGCAAUAAACACUGAUGGGAAGAAUUGCC